AUGUCCUCUUGGGGCUCUGCUUAUCCUCCUCCUCCUCCUCCUGCUCUUCACCGCUCCCGCUCCCGCUCGCCCCACCGGGCCAGCUACCCUCCACGUCCCUCGGAGCCCAACUUUCAGGAGCCGCCUCGUAAUGAUUGGGAAGCAUACGACAGGGAAAGGGCGUGGGCGAACUACGAGAGGGACAGAGCCGCGUAUGACCACUCCAGACGCGGCAGGAGCCGUAGCCCUCCUCCUGGAGAAGAUGUUGGUCGCAAGCGCCGUCGUUCAUUGUCUCCCUGGGAGCGGGAUCGGUACGAGCCGAGGCCCAGGUAUAACGACGACUACGACACGCAUUCUCGUGGGUACGGGUACGACCGCACUCCCUAUCCACCACCACCGUACGCGUCGGGGCGUCGGGGUCCUCCUGACCCGCAUACAUUCGACUACCCGGGGUCGCUGAGGCAGUAUGCGGAAUGGUUCCGGUACUACUACCCUCAACAAGCGAUGGAGGAGGACAACGCGGACAAACUAGCGGAACAAGAAGCUGGUGGCGGCGUCAAACCUCGCAACGGCAUCAAGACUCGGUGGGAGAAGUACAAAAAGGAGUUCGCUGCUCAGCAGCUCCAGCGCAUGUUCGACCAUCACCGGAAGUCGCCAUGGUUCGCGGAGAAGUACGACCCGGCACCUGAGUUCCAGGCGAUGCGCAUGCGGGUGAAGAAGCAAGGGUGGAAGGGGCGGAUGGACACGUUCCUCUUGGACCUCGAGUCUGGUCGGUUCGAUCCCGACUUCAGCGAGCCUGUAGCAGACACGUCGAGGGAGAAUGGCAAUGGCGACGUCUCCGCAGCGAACGGCGCUGCUGACGGCGCCACUGCCGACGAGAAGCCUGCUGCGCAGGCUGCGGGGAACGACGACGACAUGCAGUUCAACGUCGACGUCGAGGAGGACGCACCCGGGGAAGACUCCUCGCGGAACACAUCGAAGAACAAGAGCAACAACACCCGUGGAGAGGAGCUGGCCGUCCCGCCUGAAGGCAACCAGGUCAUGAUUCGUACCAUUCCCCCUGACAUUGGUCGCGCGAAGCUGGAAGAUACGAUCAGCAAAAUCCCGGGUUUUAUCCAUUUAGCCCUUGGUGACCCAAUGCAGAAACGUAGCUACUACCGCGCGGGAUGGCUCAAGUUUAACGACGACGCGGAUAUGACGAUAGUCCUCAGCCAAUUGUCUGAGAAGAAGAUCGAAGGCUUCAAGCUCCAUGUCUCACACAUCACUAAGCCCUUCGUCACCCGUAUCCGUGCCGCGCCUGAAGCUGCCAGCUUUCCUGAACGGCUCUCCAAGGACCUCGAGAAUGCCAAGCGACUCGCUGUCUUGCAAGAGGAGGAGUACAAAAUGCUCUUGAAGUUCAAGCCCGAACCGGCAAGCGUCAACGGUGACCACGAUACCGCCAUGGGAGAGCUGAACACCACCGAUGGCGAAGCUGAGCCCGCGGAGAUGGGUAGUGAAGCGGUCGAGAGGCGCAUCGAGAAGGUCAUGGCGGACCUGCAAGAGCAGGGGGCCGUUGACACCAGUGACGAGAGGGCUUUGGAAGCUAAGCGGACGGUGAUAGCUUUGGAUCUGUAUCUGGCGUACCUUCGAGCAGCGUUCAACACGUGCUACUACUGCGCAGUAGUGACAGACCAUGUGGAGGAAUUGCAGCGGAAGUGUAUUAAGCACGUAAGAAAGCCUUUGUCGAAGUCGAUGCUCCAAGAGCUCCAGGCUGCUGAGGUCCAGAAGGCUGACCAAGACCAGCCUUCUGCUGAGGACGGAGAUGUACCAAAGGAUAAGGAUACCAGUGUUAAGGACAAGGGGAGUGAGAACAGGGACUGGAAGCGAGCGGAUGAGCGCUGGAUUGAGUGGCUGGAUUCGAAGAUUGCUCUGCUGAUUGACCCGGCCGGGGUCGAUCCACGCGACUAUGGCGGCAAAAGCCCUGAAGAAGAGCUCGCUCGCGCUUGCGAACAAUUCAUCAAGCAGGAAGAUGAGGGCAAGUUCCGCUGUAAGACUUGCCAAAAGCUCUUCAAAGCUACGUCUUUCGUCGAGAAGCACAUCUUGAACAAACACUCGGAGCUCGUCAAAGGCCUCGAGGAUAUCCCCUACUUCAACAACUUCGCACUCGACCCUCACCGCAUUCAACCGUUCAGCCACCCUCCACAGGUGGUCGGCUCCAGCCAACCCCCUCCCCCUCAAGCAUACGGGCUCGCUGCAUCAGCGUACCCCGUGGAGCACCAGCGUCCACCUCCCUACAACCCUUACGGCGGCGGGUAUCCCCCUUAUCCCCCUCCUCCCGGGCCGGCCUAUUUCGAUCCCUACGCAUAUCCUUACGCAGGAGCUGGCGGGCCUAUGCCUCUGCCACCCCGUCGAGACGAGAGCGUGGUAGGCCGUCGAUUGAGCGAUCGGAUCAGUGGCGUCGCGCCUGGUUUCGAUCAGUCGACGGACCUGCUGCCUGUGCCCGCGGCCUCUGCGGGGCUGCCUGCGAAGCCUGCAGUAUCGGAACCAGGACAAGGGGCGCAGCGCGGACGAGGUCGGGGAGGUGCUGGCGGACCGCCGCCUCCACCGCCGCUGAAUGCGAAGGAGGACCCUCGGGCCCAGGCGGGCCGGAAGGUGAGCUACGUGGAUGUGGACCAGGUCGCGGAGGGGGAUGUCGAGUUGACGUACUAG